UUUAGCUGAGGUCAGAGCGCCAUUCAUGAACUACGACAUUCUUGCUCCUUUCUCCUCCUCGUCGUCAUCUCCCUUUUGACUUUCUUUGUUCCUUCCUGGAAGCUGCAGCGAUGGAGCUUGGACAAGAGGGCAUAGGAAUUGUCGAAGUUUUCUUCGCCGAUUGGUUUCUAAUCCGUUCCUAAUUUUAUCGGUGCGAAAAUCUUUUCCCUCUUCUAUUUCUGCCCUGGAUUCCUCUUUGUUCAUCUUAAAUCUGCAUCUAGUCUCUGACGUUUAGAAAUUUCAAGCUUUGCGAAAGUUCAGUCCGGAUGGGUGGUCAGCUUGGCAAGAGGCCCAGCAUGAGAACAGAUCGACGUGAUAGUCACCGCGGAAGCAGUAGUAUCAGUGGCGGUGACCAAGUCAACGUUGACGCCGUCGGCCGUGUUGAUCCCGGUCCGAUUGGCAUCAAUUACUCCGACGAACUGAGCUACUACGAGGCCGCAUGCCACGAUGACCCUGAGCUCCGAUCGUUCGACUCCAUGCUCCAGCAGCGCACUAGGCACGCCAUAUCCACCCUGGCUUAUGGUGUUGAGCUUCGGUCCCUUUCCUUCAACACUCUCAAGGAGGUCACUGGCUGCAUCUUUGAGACAAACAACGAAGUGGUUCUUGCUAUUCUGAAAUGCAAGGAUGACAUCUGCAAAAACACCGAGCUCUUUGACCUUGUCAAUGACUACUUCGAGUGCAGCAUCAAGACCCUUGACUACUGUACUGAGCUAGAGAAGUGCCUCAAGAAAGCUCGCGAUAGACAUCUGAUUAUCCAAUUUGCUCUGCAGCACUUUGAGGAGGAGGACAAGGAGAAGAAUGGAGUUGAAGCUGAAGGAAAUGUCAAGAAAUACACAAUGACCAUAGAGAAAUUGAGCAAAUUUAAGGCUGCUGGUAAUCCGUUCACUGAUGAAUUCUCUCAACUCUUCAGAUCUGUUUAUAGCCAGCAGCAGCAAAUGCUCAAGAAACUGCUAAUCAGAAAGAAGAAGCUUGAUAAGAAGAUGAAAUCCAUACGGUCAUGGAGGAAAAUGUCAAACAUACUUUUCGUGGCUGCUCUUGCAACUGUCAUUAUAUGCACUGUUGUUGCAGCUGCUAUUGCUGCACCUCCUGUUGCAGCUGCAUUGGCUGCUGCAUCUUCAAUUCCGAUUGGUUCUUUGGGAAGUUGGAUUAACUCAUUGUUAAAGAACUAUCAGAACACUGUGGGAGCAGAGAAAGAGCUUCUUACUUCAAUGCAAGUUGGAACAUGGAUUUCUUUAAAAGACCUAGAUACUAUAAGAGUGCUGGUUGAUAAGUUGGGGGUUCAUUUCAAUUCACUGCUGGAAAAUGCAGAUUUUGCCCUUAAGAAUGAGGAAGUAGUAAAGUUCGCAAUUGAAGAAAUCAAGCAGAACUUGGAAGUUUUCAUGAAGAACAUUGAGGAAUUGGGAAAGCAAGUGGAUGAGUGCAGCAGGAAUACAAGGAAAGCAAGAACAUUGGUGUUAAAGAAGAUCGUCAACCACCCAAACAAGUAGAAUAAUUUGUUGGUUUUUCAUAGACCUUACGAGAUGCCGCUGCCACUUAUUGUGAAAAAGAGAGAUUCAUGCUGAUUUUGGAUAUCAAUAACAUAUGUAUGACUUAGUGACAAAGCUCACAAAGUGCAUCCCCAGUUGAAGAAGCUUGACAUAGUAGAUGUUGGAAGAUAAUUCAAUCAUUGUAUCCAAUGGCUCAUGGUACUUAACAUGUUCCUGUAGUCUUUCUUGCCAAUUAAAACUGCCUAAGACUGGUGAAAUGUUGAAUCUCAUGCAUGACUUCAUUGGUAAUC